AUGGAACGCUGGCAGAAUAAGGUGGCCGUUGUGACCGGGGCUAGUUCGGGAAUCGGAGCCGCGGUUGUGAAGGAUCUGCUAGAGGCCGGCUUGAUAGUAGCAGGUUUAGCUCGCCGUUAUGAACGAAUGACCGCCCUCAGGAAUAGUUUACCAGCGGAACAACAAUCGCGAUUACACCCCAUCAGGUGCGAUGUUUCAAACGAAGAAGAUGUGAAACAAGCCUUUGGAUGGAUCGAGAACAAUCUUGGCGGGACUGAUAUUCUGGUGAACAACGCCGGUAUCGCGAAGGGCGGCGUAUGUCUGAUAACUCCUGAUAACACAGCACCUAUUCGGGAAAUAAUAGAAACAAAUGUUAUGGGGGUUGUUUACUGUACACGUGAAGCAUUCAAUUCCAUGAAAAGUCGGAACUUCGAUGGACACAUUGUUAUUGUUAACAGUAUUGCUGGGCAUCAAGUUUGGAAUUUCAUGAACACCGGACUAUCUUCGCUAAAUAUAUACGCCCCAUCCAAGUUUGCUGUAACAGCUAUGACCGAAACAUAUCGACAAGAAUUCGCGAACGCUGGGACAAAAGUGAAAAUAACAAGCAUCAGCCCUGGAUUGGUUGAUACGGAAAUUAUUUCAGAUAAAAUGCGCGACAAGCCAAUAUUGCAACCUGAAGACAUUUCUAAUGCCAUCCUUUUCGCGAUCUCCACCCCACCUCAUGUCCAGAUUCACGAGCUAACGAUCAAACCUGUUGGAGAAGCGUGGUAGAUAUCCGCUGCCAAGAAUUCUAUUCACUUAGAGCCAAUGUUCAAUCUUAUCUUGUUGGUGCAAGCUUUUAAAAUUGUAAAUCUUUCCAACGAUAAUAUAUCUAACAUAUCACUUAG